AUGCCUUUUACUAGAAUACAUAAAAAGAAUAUGUCUCGCGCCGCUCUUAUGAAGGAGUCCUUUGAGCUCCUUCAAAGAGAUGGUAAAAUACCAAAAGCCUCUGUUCCAACUGCACUUCGAGCGGCAGGUCUAAACCCGAGUGAGGAAAGGAUAAAGGAAAUCAUGAAUACUGUGACUGAUCUUGAUAUGGCUGGUUAUGAAGCACUUGUUGCAAAACAUGACGAUAAGACGGAUACCCCAGAAGCAGUCAAGGAGGCAUUUCGAGUUUUUGACAAGGAUUUGGAUGGUACUGUGUCUGUUGCAGAAUUUCGUCAUAUUAUGACAACAAUGGGAGAAAAGUAUACCGAAGAAGAAUUUCGUGAUUUAAUUCAAGGUUUUGAGGAGAAUGGCGUUAUUCAUUACGAAAAAUUUGUGAACAAGAUGCUGGCUCCUUUUACUGAUCAUGGCAAUCUGGAGGAUGUGAUAUAG